CAUCGGUAUCCCACCUUCUCCGCUCCGUCACCAUUUUCGUCAGUUCGUCUCUGUCUCCACUUAUCUGUUAAACAAGAGUAAAAAAAGAAAAGAAAAAUUCAAACGAAGAGCUCCAUGGAAAUGCAUCAAAGCUCUCACUCACUCCUCCUCCUCCUCCUCCACCAUCUCUGACUCUUCCGAUCCGGUCGCCGUCCGUCAGUCUAACCGUCGACGCUCUUCCUCCCGUCAAACCCUAGGCGAAUCCGCCUCGGAUUCAAUGCUUCGCGUCCCGAUUACAGUUCUCGCCGUGAUUCGGGCCGAUUAGAGCGGGCGGGGUGGAGCAAUGGCGCUCGCUGAUUCGUCGGAGCUACUUCAGUCUCAGCUGGCCGCCACCGCCGAUGCAACUACUACUGCUACUACCUGGCUCGCGCGGCAUCCGAGCACUCUGACUGACGAGAUGACGGAGCAGGAGCUCACGGAAGUCGGAUGCAAGGAGUUCAGCGCUUCUAAGGUAAACGGUUUCUUCGUUUACUCUCGCGUUAGGAAGAGUAGAGCAGAGGAGUGUGAUGCGAUGGCGGAGAAGGAAGCUCGGAGCAGCAAGAGGAUCAAGUGCUCAGCGGGAGAGAAUGGGGAGGUGGAGAUUGUGGAAGUUGAGAGUGAGAAUGGAGAACGAGGUAGGUGCGGUAAUGGAGGAACGUCGCCGUGGAAAGAUGAGCCGAGUGAGUCGACGGUCGAGGGAGCUGCGGCGAACGGCAGGGUGCGGAUCUAUGUCAGGAAAGGGUAUAAGGUGAAGAGCAACAACAAGAUGAGGAGGUUUACGCGUUCUUCUAUGAAGAAGCGUAAGGUAAAAGAGACGGUAGAAAUUGAGGUGCGUGGAUCGGAAUCCAUUGGCAGCGGAUCAGUCUCGACGAUCAAUGUUGAGGCGAUUGGUGCCGGAGUGGAAGGGAGUGCAGUAGCGCCGCCGAAGAAGAAUUUGGAGCUGAAAAUGUCGAAGAAGAUUGCUCCGCAGAGUCUGCCGAUGACGGUGAAGGAGCUCUUUGAGACUGGUUUUCUCGAGGGAGUGCCAGUUCUUUACAUGGGUGGCAAGAAGUUUGAGGCAUUUGCUCUAAGGGGGAUAAUUAAGGAUGCGGGGAUUCUAUGCUUUUGCUCUAUCUGCAAUGGAGUCACAGUUGUUCCACCUUCACAAUUUGAGAUACAUGCCAUCAACCUAUACAGGCGCGCAUCUCAAUACAUUUGUUUUGAGAAUGGAAAGAGCCUGCUCGAUGUGUUGAAUGCAUGCAGAUAUUCUCCUCUUGAUUCAUUAGAAGCAACCAUUCAAGAAGCCAUUAGUGGUAGCCCUGUAGAGAGAACUUUCACUUGUAAAAGAUGUAAAGGUAGUUUCCCCUCAGCUUGUGUUGGCAAAAUAGGUCCACUUUGUAGUUCAUGCACGGAAACAAAGGCAUCUCAUGCCAUCCUAAAGUGCAAAAAGAGUAAAAGAUCCAGCUCUGUUGAACGUGUUCUCAAGUCAGAGUCUUCUAGAAGUGUGCUAACUACUACACCCUCUCAAGAGAUCACUCCAAGCAAGGGGAAAAGAAAAGUAUCAGGCGCAAAACCAAAAGCAGAGAGAUCCAUGACUACCCCUGCUCGUGUCGCUUCAAUAAAAAAGAGCCAAUUGAAGAUAACUCCAAAGAAGUUGAUGCGGGAAUCGGCUGGAAAGCACUCCAGAAAUACCUCGUUGUCAACUAAUAAGAAGGAGCAACAGAAGAUCUCAAUGAGAGAUCAAAGGUUGCACAGACUGGUCUUUGAGGAGGAUGGAUUGCCUGAUGGAACUGAAGUGGGAUACUAUGCACGUGGCCGGAAAUUGCUGGCUGGUUAUAAGAGGGGCUUUGGAAUACUCUGCCAAUGUUGUAAUGCUGAGGUCAGCCCAUCACUAUUUGAAGCUCAUGCAGGCUGGGCUGCUAGGAAGAAACCAUAUGCAUACAUUUACACAUCAAAUGGUGUGUCUCUCCAUGAACUGGCGAUAUCUCUCUCCAAGCGUCGCAAGUACUCUGCCAAGGACAAUGAUGACCUCUGCAUUGUAUGUGCAGAUGGUGGGAAUCUGGUGCUUUGUGAUGGAUGUCCUCGGGCCUUUCAUAAAAACUGUGCAUCUUUGUCGAGUAUUCCCCGUGGCGACUGGUAUUGCCAUUACUGUCAGAACAUGUUUGAAAAGGAAAAGUUUGCUGCACAUAAAGCCAAUGCUCUUGCUGCUGGAAGGAUUCUGGGUGCUGAUCCAAUAGAAGAAAUAGCACAGAGAUGCAUUCGUAUUGUGAAAAACAUAGAAGCUGACCUUAGUGGAUGCGUGUUAUGCAGAGGUCAUGAUUUCAGCAGAUCGGGGUUUGGUCCACGCACAAUCAUAAUUUGUGACCAGUGUGAGAAGGAAUUUCAUGUUGGUUGUUUGAGGAGUCACAAAAUGGCCAAUCUAAAGGAAUUGCCGAAAGGAGAAUGGUUUUGUUGCUCGGACUGCAACAGCAUUCAUUCUUCUCUGCAGAAGUUGUUAAGUCGUGGUGCUGAGAAACUCCAAGACUCUGUUUUGAAUGUUAUGAAGAAUAAGUACGUGGAGAAAGGCUUGGGAACCACUGAGAAUUUUGAUGUUAGAUGGCGAGUGGUUAGUGGAAAAUUUGCUUCCCCUGAAAAUAAGCUGUUGCUGUCUCAAGCUCUCGCGAUCUUCCAGGAAUGUUUCGACCCCAUUGUAGAUUUAACAACUGGCCGUGAUCUGAUUCCAUUAAUGGUCUAUGGGAAGAACUCCAAAGGCCAAGAUUACGGUGGAAUGUAUUGUGCACUACUAACAGUCAACUCUUUCGUUGUGUCGGCUGGAAUACUGAGAGUUUUUGGACAAGAAGUUGCUGAGCUUCCUUUAGUCGCGACUAAUAAAACUAACCAUGGCAAGGGAUACUUCCAGUUGCUAUUUUCGUGCAUCGAGAAGCUGUUAUUGCUCUUGAAUGUGCAGAACCUCAUCCUCCCAGCCGCGGAGGAAGCGGAAUCCAUAUGGACCCAUAAAUUCGGUUUCCAGAGAAUUGAACCAGACCAGCUAAUCACGUACCGAAAGAACUGCUGCCAGAUGGUGUGCUUCGAAGGGACGACGAUGCUGCACAAACCAGUUUCCUCCACCGAUUGUCGAAUCCUCGACCAAAGUAGUAGUAAAGAGGUGGUCUCAUGAAGAAGUGGAGUGAAUUCAUUAUCAUUAAUUUUUAUCUUGUAAAGGGUGAAAUGAGCUUAUUAGCCAGCUUUUCAUGUCCAAAUUUUAUUGGUAAUUUUUCAGGAUGUAUGUUGACUUGACUUGUUUAAGUGUAUAGACUUAGGAUCAUUUAGGGGGAGGGGGAGCAGUACAUAGUUGACCAAUGACUACUAAGAGACUCCUUCCCUACCUAUAUCGGAACGUAGAGCACACCCUAAAACAGAAGCUUUGCUUCCACUUUUAGCUCAGUUCAUGUAUUCAAAGCUCUUGAUAUGCUUCCCUUGUCGAAUUUGUGACGAGAUCUGAAUCUCGUGAAAAAUACGAUGGCCGAAACUGCUUGUGAGCUAUAACCCUCGCCUUCGUGUCGAGGAUUGCAUCAAGUUGGAUUUUGGCGAGUCUAUUAGGUCACUAGUUUCUGGUUUAGGGUUUGAAGUAGAUGUACCGUAAGAUGAUUCUGACCCAAGAUGAAGCUGCUCCAUUCAUGGAUGUCUCCUACAUCAAUGGAGAUCAAUGGCUUGAAGCUGCCAAAAUUGCUCCUGUGGUUCCUAAUCAUGACGAUGGUUAUGAUAAUUUUAUCGGAGCAUUAGACAUGUAGAGAGAACGAACUCUACUAACGAACGGCACAUAACUUCUGCGACAUCCAGAUAAUGUGUACACUUGAUUAGCUUAUUGAUUUAUGAUACGAUACUGUUGAGAUCUCUUGAAUCUCGUCUUAUUAAUAGAACCAAUCGAUGAAUAUGCCUAGCUAACUAGCUGGCAUUAUACAAGACUAAAAAAAGAGUUCAUGCGGAUUGGUGCAUAUAUUUUCUCUAGAAUUUGUGUACCUCGAAAUUCGAGCUGGUUCAGCUCUAGCGAACAAAUCGAGCCGUGAUCAGCCCGCGCG